ACCGUGUUAGCGUAGCGGGUAAACGGGCACACGCGGGAUAAGAACUCCAUCAAUGAAGAGGGCGUUGUUAUUAAGCUGCCUAUGACCGUGAAAGUAACGCGUUCGAAUCCAGGACUCGACCAAAAUAGUAUUAUUGGAGAGCUGUGGCCCAUGGCCCCUCUAGGAAUCCGAUAACGAAUAUUCUUUUUUGCCGAUGGUCAAUCCUCUUGAUCACAUCAUCAUCAAUCGUCGAUCGUCGAUCAUCAGAACGACACUUUGGGCAAUUUGAACGUUUCGAGUUGAGCAUUACAAAACGGUUCAAACCCCAUUACGACCCAUCUUUUUACCUGGGACUCAACAUCUCCUCAAUAUGUCACGAACGAACCAAUUCCGCACGCUAUCUUCUCUCUUACCCCGCCGCAUCCCGACCUCCAGCUCGAUCCGACAUGCUACAAGUCUCCCAUCCUCGUCCCACUCUUACGCCUCCUUGGCAUCGGAACAACCAUCCCUAGCGACCUCUCCAGCCCCGUUCGAAGUGUUCGAUCGGUCUGCUAAACGGAAACAGAGGGACAGGGCUGCGACGAGGGUGGAUGAACAGACAGGGAAGGCGGGGGGGAAGAGCAGGGUGACGGAUUAUCUGAAGAACGAGGUUGCCGAGCGGAUGUUUGAGAGGUUUGAGGACCUGCGCAAACCGCCCGCCUCGGUCCUAGACCUCUCUUCAUCCUCGGGCCAUCUGACGAAACUCAUCGCUUCCCUAGAAACUACGCAAAAGAUCAGGAUGAUGGAUCAUAGCGAGAAGACGCUAUUCCGGGACCCUGAUUCCGAGUUCGAUCUCGCCCCGACCCGAUCUGUAGUCGACGAAGAAGCCCUCUUGACGCACAUCGAUGAGGAUAGCCAGGAGGCGAUCGUCAGUAAUCUGGGGUUACACUGGGUCAACGAUAUUCCAGGCGUGCUGAAGCAGAUCCGACAAGGGUUGAAACCGGACGGGUUCUUUUUGGGGAGCAUGUUGGGUGGGGACAGCGUCUUUGAACUACGGACGGCGCUACAGUUGGCAGAGAUGAACCAGAGUGGGGGUGUCAGUCCGAGGAUCUCGCCGAUGGCCGACCCUCGGGACGCAUCCAACCUGCUCCAACGCGCCGGCUUUACGCUCCUCACCGUCGACGUCGAGGACAUUACCAUCUCCUACCCUAGCAUGUGGGAAUUGAUCGAGGACUUGAGGGAUAUGGGCGAGAGCGGGGCCGUCCUCGGAAGGCGACCGUUUAUCAAGCGGGAUAUCCUCUUGAGCGCCGAGGCGAUCUAUAAAGAGCUGCAUGGGCAUGAGGAUGGGACGGUCCCAGCGACGUUUCAGGUCAUCUACCUGAUCGGCUGGAAACCUAGCGACAAGACGCCCAAGGCGCUCCCUAGGGGAUCGGGGAAGACCAACUUGAAGGACGUCUUGUGAUCGACCCCCACUACGACCGAUGUGGACAGCGUCAUCUGUUCUAUAUCGUUACUGUAUCACGCAGAGAAGCACGUAUCGUUGCACGAGUACACUACACUAGAGUAUGAUCGAGGCGUCAUGGAUGCGACACAUGUGAUGUAUUCGACCUUGAUCGCUCGGGGGUUGUCGAGGGGGUUGCCAGUUUCGUUUUGAUCCCACUAGGUGGAGGACGUGACGUCAUUUUUUCUCGAGAAUGGGG